ACGGCAGGAACGGAGGCUCCGCCUCGCCGCGGCCCCGCCCGCGGAUCAGGCGAACGCGGCGGGCGCCUAUCGCGGGGGGUCCUUCCCCGUGCCUCCUCGUUUGCAUGUCCCCGCCCCCUCCCGGUGAGGCGCAGCCAAUAGCGAGCGGCCGAGGGCGGAGCUAUGCUAAUAACCCGCGCGCGCCGCGCCGCGCCCCGCCCUGGCCGCGCGCAGGAAGCCCCCGGACGCUGCCGCCGCUCGCUCCGGUCCCGGCCCCGCUCCCGGCCCCGCUCCGCUCCCGGCCCCGCUCCGCUCCGCUCCGUCCCGCCCUGCGCCCGGCUCGCUGCCGCCAUGACGCUCCUCGCCGCCGGUACCCGGGCGGCCGCGCGCCUCCGCGGGCCCAAGAAUGCUUCCUGUGCCCUCUUUGCUGCCCGCCAUGCCAGCGCUGCCACGAACCUGAAGGACGUCCUGGCCUCGCUGAUCCCUAAGGAGCAAGCCAGGAUCAAGAGCUUCAGGCAGCAGCAUGGCAGCACUGCCAUCGGGCAGAUCACCGUGGACAUGGUGUACGGUGGCAUGAGGGGCAUGAAGGGGUUGAUCUACGAGACCUCAGUGCUGGAUCCCGACGAGGGCAUUCGCUUCCGCGGCUACAGCAUCCCCGAGUGCCAGAAGCUGCUGCCCAAAGCCGCCGGCGGGGAGGAGCCGCUGCCCGAGGGCCUCUUCUGGCUGCUGCUGACCGGGCAGGUGCCCACGCAGGAGCAGGUGGCAUGGCUGUCCCGCGAGUGGGCGCGGCGGGCGGCGCUGCCCUCGCACGUCGUGACCAUGCUGGACAACUUCCCUGCCAGCCUGCACCCCAUGGCACAGCUCAGCGCCGCCGCCACCGCCCUCAGCAGCGAGAGCCACUUCGCGCAGGCCUACGCCCGGGGGCUGCACCGGGCACAGUACUGGCAGUUCGUGUACGAGGAUGCCAUGGACCUGAUUGCCAAACUGCCCUGCGUGGCAGCCAAGAUCUACCGCAACCUGUACCGGGAGGGCAGCAGCAUCGGCGCCAUCGACCCCAGCCUCGACUGGUCCCACAACUUCACCAACAUGCUGGGGUACACUGACCCCCAGUUCACCGAGCUCAUGAGGCUCUACCUCACCAUCCACAGUGACCACGAAGGGGGCAAUGUGAGUGCCCACACCAGCCACCUGGUGGGCAGUGCCCUCUCAGACCCUUACCUCGCCUUCGCCGCUGCCAUGAACGGCCUGGCAGGGCCUCUGCACGGCCUUGCCAACCAGGAGGUGCUGCUGUGGCUCACAGACCUGCAGAAGGAGCUUGGCCAGGAGGUGUCUGAUGAGAAGCUUCGAGACUUCAUCUGGAACACUCUCAACUCGGGCAGGGUGGUGCCAGGCUAUGGGCACGCAGUGCUGCGCAAGACUGACCCUCGCUACACCUGCCAGAGGGAGUUUGCCCUCAAGCACCUGCCCAAGGAUCCUCUCUUCAGGCUGGUGGCACAGCUCUACAAGAUCGUGCCCAACGUGCUGCUGGAGCAGGGCAAGGCCAAGAACCCCUGGCCCAACGUCGAUGCCCACAGCGGGGUCCUGCUGCAGCACUACGGCCUGACGGAGAUGAAUUACUACACUGUGCUCUUUGGGGUCUCCCGGGCCCUGGGGGUGCUCUCGCAGCUGAUCUGGAGCAGAGCUUUGGGGUUCCCCCUGGAGCGCCCCAAGUCCAUGAGCACCUCGGGGCUGAUGCAGCUCGUGGGGUACAAAGCAGCCUGAGGAGGGAAGCGGCAAAGGGACAGGACACAGCGGGGGGGGGAGGGGGGAGAGGGGAGAUGGAGGAGGGGGGGGGGACACCCCCACAGGGGUGUGGCAGCUGCUGCCACCUCCCCAUUCCCUCCCUCUCUCUCCUCCCUCCCUCCCCUGACCCCCUCAACCCUCCCCCCCCCCCUUAAGCCCCCUCCCCAACACAAGGGAAAGCUGUGGUUGGCCUCACCCUGGAUGGACUCAGCACUGAACCCCCCCCCCCAACCCCCCCCCCCCCUUUAUCAGCACACCCCCCCCCCUCAAAUUGGGGAGGGGGCUUCUGUGGUGCAAGCAGACCCCCCCCAAUACCUCCUUCACCUCUUUUUUGGGACCCCCCAAACUCCCCCCCCCCCCCAAAGGGGUCUCUGCCCUGUUAAUGUGAGGGGAGGGGGCUCCUGCCCCCCCCCCCCCCUCCGCCCCUGCAGCAUUCACGCACACUGGGAGCCCCCUCCCCAAAUCAGGCUCCCCUGCUGCUGGCUACUGGGGGGGGGCAGCACUGUUGUGUGGGGGGGGGGGGGGCCCUCUCCCCCUGCCCCCCCCUCCCCCUCCCCUUCAUUUAAGAGCCACUUUUUUUGCCUCCCCUCCCCCUCUUCAUCCUCAGAGGGGUUCAGGUCAGACUCCUGUCCAGGCUCCCCCCCCCCCCAGUUUAGGGGGUGGGGGUGUGGCAGCAGCUGAAUGUCUCAGACCCUCUCCCCCCCCCCCCCCCAAAACCUCUCUCCCCUCAACACAGGGACUUGAUACACUCCUCCCCCCCCCCCAUAUCCCCCUCCUCAUCCUCAGCCGUGUUUGUGUCACCCCUCCCCCCCCCCCCCGUGUCUGACACCCUCGGUGGCAGCUGGAGCUGGGUGCUCCCCUCCCCCCCCCUCUCACCCUCUCCUUUCCAGCCCCUGCCCCCCCCCGUCGAGGGUCUCAGCCUCUCCCCUCCCCCCCCAAAAAAAACAAACAAACAAACAACAACAAAAUGCAAAAUAAAAGUUUUUAUUAACAACC